GACACGUUCGUCAUUUCCGAAAUUAUACAGGGGCCAUAUUGACAUUUGCCGUACGACGUCGCUUUUAAAACCCCCGAAGCGGGAGCCGUGACGAAAGCUCGCAUAGGCGACGCAUGUGAAAUAAGGAAACAGAGAGAGAAGGGAGAUAUCUCACCUGAGAGCAGACGCGCUCCGCCGCCGGAGAAGAUGACGCCGGGCGUUGGUCGGGGGAUCUCCGACGAAAAGAGCCUCGAGAGGCAGAUGGGUUGCAUGGCCGGAUUCCUCCAACUCUUCGAUCGCCACCAGAUCCACGCUGGAAAGCGGCUCUACGCCUCCAAGCGCCUCCCCUCCUCUCCGGUCGCCGGAUCGACGUCACCGUCGGAGAGAUCCGAGGUUUCGUCGGUUUCAUUCGUUAAGGAGAUCCAGAGGUCCCCGUCUCCGGAGGCGUGCCCGCCCUUGCCGGAGAGCUGCGCUCCGGCGCAGGCCCCGGCAAGGCUUUCGCUCCCGUUCCUGCUCCCGGUGUCCGAUUUCAAGGACGAGCAAAGGUCCUCCUGUAAGCUACGAGAAACCCCGCGGCUCUCUCUCGACAGCCGUGCCGUCGUGGAUGCCAGGGGCAAGCUCCGACCACGGGAGAUCCGGACGGCAGUCUCCGGGAAUCAAUCCGGCGUCUCGGAGGCGGUGGACGAGAGCGAGAGGCAGCGCCGGUCCCCGAGCGUUGUCGCGCGGCUGAUGGGGCUCGAUGAGCUGCCGAAAUCCGGAGGCGACGGCGGCGGCGGCGGCGGCGGCGGGGGAGGAGGGGAGCCGAAGAGGGCCGAGCUUCGGCGAUCCGCAUCCGAGUCUCGGGUCCCCAGAGACUACCGCUUCGUCGACGUCAGCUCCUUCCAGAAGCCUCAUCCGGGUGCCGUGAUCUCGGACGAGGAGUUCUUCGGGGCGGAUUUCGGCGAGUUCCGGCUCCAAUACGCGAAGCUCGACCCGCCGUCGAGAACACCAAUUCCACCCCUCCAGCGGAAGAGCUUCUUCGACGCCCAGGACUUCUUCCCGGAGCCGCCGAAGCGGACGCGAUCGCUCUACGGCGCGAUCGAGCGGCGCCUUCGAAUGCGUGGCAUCGACGAGCCGGCCAAGGAUCUGGAGACUCUGAAGCAGAUCCUGGAGGCGCUCCAGCUCAAGGGCCUCCUCCGCUCCAAGCCGUCCGAUCAACAGAUCAACGGGCGCCGCAACCUCAUCUACGACCACCACCACCGCCAGAUCUCCGCCACCGACUCCCCGAUCGUCGUCAUGAAGCCUUCGGCGAAGCCUUCCCGGCGACCCGCCAGCGAGUCCCCUCCCAUUCCGUCCCGGUCCACACCCCCCCGCCGGGCCGCCGCCGUGGGCGCAGCCGUUCUGCCGGCGAGGGCCAGGGGGGACCGUGCGGAGGUCGACCGGAACCCGAGAGGUAUCAACAAUAGGAGAACCCGGACCCCGAGUUCGGCGGAACCAAGCUCGCCGGCGAGGCGGAGGGCCUUAAAUGCAGAGCUCCCGACGAGCCCCCUGCCCCAGCGGAUAAUCUCCGGCGUCCAAUCCCCCAAGGCCAGCCCGAAGAGGGUCGGGCCGGACCCGCUGGCCGUCCGAUCCCCGAGGAAUCGGAGAGUACCAUCUGAGAUCUCUAUGAAGGAUAUGAUCUGCUCACUAAUGGAGGACGAUACCAGCAGCAUGAGUUCCUUCCCUCAAUUAGAUUUCGAGAGAUCGACGGCGGAGGAGUACAGGACGGGGAAGAGUUUGUUGGAGAGGUGCGACAAGCUGUUGCACAGCAUUGCGGCGAUCACGGGGGCGGAGCAGGUUACCGCGAUGGAACAGCAGCCGAGCCCGGUGUCGGUGCUGGACUCGUCUUUUCUCUGCGACGAGCGCUCGCCGUCACCCGUCACGAAGCGCGCCAUCGACUUCAAAGGUCAAACGUUGGACUGGGAGGAGGAGCCCUGGAGCGCAGCAACGCCGGCUAUCGGAUCGAUUGGCGCGGAUGGGCCCCACGCGGAGGACCACGACUACGUGUACGUCUCGCAGAUCGUCCGCGUGUCCGAUCGCCUUGGUGACCCCUCCGACGUGUUCGCGGUCCUCGAGAAGCAGCACCAGGCGUCAGCCGCCGGCCUCUCCAAGGUCUCGCGGCUCCACCGCCGGCUUGUCUUCGACACCGUGACCGAGAUCCUCGACCGCAAGCGCCAUGCUUCCCCUUGGGAAGCCUUCACACGCGCGAGGUCCCUCCCCGGCGCCGCCUCCCCGCUGGCGCGGGAGGUGUGGGUGGAGGUGCGGCGGAUACGAGAGCAGGUCCACCCGGCGGACGACUUCAACGACGUCACCUGCGGCGCCAUCCGCAAGGACCUCGCUGGCGACCGCGGCUGGGGCACCCUCCCCUCCGCCGAGAUGUCCGACGCCGUCCUCCACAUCGAACGGCAGAUCUUCAAGGAUCUCGUCGCCGAGACCAUCCGCGACCUCGCCGACCUUUCCUCGCGGCCUCCUCCCCGCCCCCGUCGCAAGCUUCUCUUCUAAUCUUUUCCCUCUUCUUUUCUCUUUUAACUUAAAACAUAUUUCCAAGGCGUCGGUUGUUCUCUCCGUUGGAUCCCGGUGCAACGGUCCUGAUGUAUAAUAUUAACAGUCUGCUGUGAUUUGACGGUGGGAUGAUAAGGUGGAUCCGUUUUUUUUUUCUUUUUGGUACAAUCACCAGUGUGGAUGGGGUAAAAGUAAAAGAUUGCAUUACAGUUCCAGCACUAAACCGCGAUAAUGGUGAACCGCAAAGAAGACAAUCUAGUUGGUGGCACUAUUUACCUUUCUGUAGAUAUGAUCCACUCAGACAAAAUCUCUAUAAUGGUGAACCGCAAAGAAGGCAA